AUGGGUUCAAUUUUCAUUUUAUUCCUAUUCCAAGCAAUAGUAACCUAUGCUGAUCCAAAAGUACAAAUCGAUGACACUGUGAAAGAUUGCACCCCAAAAGAACUCGUAGUGGCUCAAGGAAAAUGUUCGAAAUAUGUCAAUGAUUUGAUAGUUCUCACCGAAGAAGGAGAUACUAAAUCGCGGAAUGUCACGGAUGCUUGUAAGAGUGUCACUAGUUGUUUUGGAGGAAUUCAGUGUGCAGAAGCAGAGAAAAGUAAACGAACUUAUGAGCAGAAAUGCGAUAAGUUAGAGUUCACGAAUAACGAUGUUGCAUCAUGUAUGUCGAUGUUUUACAAUACAGUUUACAGUAAAAAGGAAAAUUGUACAGAGGAUUUCGAUUAUUUCUCAAGAGACAUGCGAAUCAAAAGAGAGUCUUACACGGCUGGGAAAUCCUGCUUUUUCAAAACCAUAAACAAAACGUGCAACGCCACAUCGGUUGCUUAUUUGGAAAAGAAUUAUGAAAAGUUGUUGGACGUUUUGACGAUCCCGUCGGAUGGUGAUGCUUGCAGUAGCUUGCACGAUGAACUGAAUGCCAGACAAUGUGAACCGCAAAUGAGGGAAUUCAUGAUAAACGGUAUGAUACAGGCGAUUUCGAUGUCAUUUGGUAUGAAGGAACGAAGUAAUACAACUAAAACUUGCUCAGAAACGAAGGAAUGUAUGAGCCAAUAUUGCUACUUUUCAAAAAAUACGACUCAGCAGCUUGAGCAACUCUGCGAUGAAUUAAGCAAGAAACCGACUACUUUUAAUAUGUGUUACAUGGGCAUAAGAAUGAGUACAUUGGAUACAAAGGAGCCAGCUAAUUAUGAAUGCCAAGAGAAAUAUGGUCGAAAGCCUAUGGUUGAACCUGUAAACAAGGCAUUAGAAAAACAAUACUUGAAGUUUAUGGAUGAUAAAGAGUGUAUGAGGACUAUAAUGAAAGAAGAAUGCGAUCAAAGUGUCCUGGACGUUUUUGAUGAAGAAUGGGACAAGCUGCAGAAGGAAAAGAAUAGUAGAACUUCAACUCGUUCGCCAUUUUGA